AUGGUCGGACUCGCAAUAGAACACAACAUCCAAGUCAACGAUGGCCCCUUGACCUCCGAAACCGCCACUCUUCUCCGACCCUCAGACCCCUCCCUCCCCCUGGACGAACUCCGCGCCCGCUACGAACAAGACGGCUAUCUUUUCCUCAAACACCUUCUCCCCCGCGAGGACGUCCUCGAAGCCCGCAGACAGUACUUCUCCCUCCUGGCCCCGACCGGCGUUCUCCAAGAAGGCACCGACCCAGUCCAAGGCAUCUUCAACACCACCAAGUCGCCCGAUGAGUACCCCGGCAUCGGCGCCGGCGCGGUAGGCAACAACGGCCGUCCAGGGGGUGACAAGGCCGCGCAGUUUGUGGACCUGGCCAUCGAGGCGCACUACCAGGAUUGGUACGCGGAGAAGUUCUGCAAACAUCCCGAUUUGGUCCGGUUUGUGGCCGAGUUCACGGGCUGGGGCGAGCACACGUUGAAUCUCCGUCGGACGCUGCUGAGGAAUAAUACGCCCGGCACGAAACCCAUUGGGGUGCACUAUGAUCAGAUCUUCUUGCGAUAUGGAGAGCCGACGAGUGUCACCGCUUGGGUGCCUAUGGGAGAUAUCAAAAUUAAUGGCGGGGGCUUGAUCUAUCUGGAGGAUGGCGACCCUGUUGGACUCAAGAUCGAGGAAGAGUUCACCAACAAGGCAAAGCAGGCCGGGUUGACCGACGAAGAGGCCAAAUCGGCUUUCAACUCGAACAUGAUGGCGACGGGGCUUUUGUCCGAGUCGCCGGUCGAGUUUGCCAGGCAGCAUGCCCGUCGCUGGCUGGUGUCUGCCUACGAGGCGGGUGAUGUUGUCUUACACAAACCUCAUACAAUUCAUGCAUCGACCAUCAACAAUGACCCGGAUAAUGUCAUCCGUCUUGCGACUGAUCUGCGAUUCUGCGACUCUUCCAAGCCGUAUGAUAAUAGAUGGAUGAGCCAUUAUAGGUUUGGAGAUGGUGUGUGA